AUGAGUGGGUUAGCAGAGUUUGAGGCCCGUUUAGCCAAACUGCAGGCGAUCGAGGAUGAUAAGACGGCGCUGGUUCAGGAUUUAAUUCAACAGGUGAAGACGUUGGAGAGCAGGUUGACCAUCACCGAGAAGAGGCUUAAGCAGAAGCGCGAUUUAGCGGAUAUGUACGACCAGAGGCAUAUUGAGAAGGACGGGGAGUUGGGGGCGGUAAAACAGAGCCUGGCCCAGAUGAAUUACGUAUUGGUGUUGGUUGAUGGCGAUUGUAUGCCGUUUGUGAGCAGCCUGCUAACGCCUGGCGAACAAGGUGGUCGCAAAGCGUCACGCCUCCUCAAGGCUCGUGUACUCGAACACCUUGGUGACAAGAAACUGCCGCCCAAUACCAAGGUUGUGAUCCGUGUCUACGCAAACCUCAGCGGCCUCUCGAAGGCAUAUCGCGACGCCGGCCUCCUCCAUACCGUUGCUGACUUCGGCGCCUUCGUCAAUGGCUUCAACAAAGAAGAUGCACUCUGUGACUUUGUGAAUGCCGGCGACGGGAAGGAGUGUGCGGAUGAGAAGAUCAAGGCUGCCUUCCAGAUGGCGAUAGACAACGUCCAGUGCCGGCACGUAAUUCUCGGUGGAUCUGCAGACAACGGGUACGCGCGCCUUCUCGGACCUCACCGCGGAUCCGCCAAAGUUGCGCUUAUCGAGGGUCCGCCGUUUGCAAAAGAGUUGGUCGAGCUGGCUUCACACUUUGGAGCCUUCGACUGCCAGGAUGUGUUCAGUAAAACGAAGCUCACAGUCGCCCAGCCGCUGGGUACUAUCACUCCUCCGCGAUCGCCGCCGCCGGUCACCGUUCGCACCGUGAACUUCGCCGCAGUAGCUUCGAAUCCCGCGGCCUAA